AUGUCUCAACACCACGAAAACAUCUUCGACAAAAUGUUCCACCACCACAAACACCAAGACACCCAGCGUCAGGAGAACGACGACAGCGGCAAAUACCCCUCUCAGCAGAAGAGCAAUCUGCACGAAACAGAGGAGGAAAGUCAACCUUCGCAUCAUGGAGAGGAGGAAGGGGUUGUGAAUCGAUUUGAGAAUUAUAUUAAGGAGGAUGAGGAGUUGGAGAGGGAGGGGCAGACGUAUGGGGGGUUGAUGUAA